AUGAAGAGAAGCAAUACAGUGUCCACAGACACUGGGAAUAAAUCACAUAAGAAAGCCAAACAAGGUAGUAAUGACAAAGAGAAUACAGUUGUGGGAAACACAACACAAAAAUCAUCUGUCACAGAUGUUUCACCUACACCAAGUAUCCAAAAUCCUUUUAGGGUGCCCUUACAGAAUGUAACCAAUCAAAGAGCAAGAGUUGUAAGAAAGGAAAUACUGGAUAACAAAAGAACAAUAGGCCUUACUACCUCAAAUAGAGUUACAAGGAUUUUCAAGCCAACAAAGCCACCACUUGUACCAACUUCGAGUAAAAGUCCCUAUAUUGAAACACAAAUUUCACCUAGCAGUGCAAAUUUCAGUGGUUCUGGAAACGUCUCACACCCUGCGAGUAAUGGCAUAGGUAGAACUGGGAACCAAGAAGGUAUUCAACGGAGUAGCAACAUUUCAGCCAGGAUACGAAAGACUCUUGGAUCACCUCCAUCGGUGAAUUCAAAGACCAGACAAACGAAAGGAAGACAAGGUUCAAAUAUGACAGGACAAUCAAAUCCGACUUUUCCAAAUACUGAAGAUAAUCAAAAUCGUAGACAGCAAACCAAUACAAAUGAAUUCGUACCUCCACCAAGGUUCAUUGUCGAGGACCAUCCUGAAGCUUACAAUAAUCGAUAUGAAAUGGACAGUGAGUCUGAAAGUGAACAUGAAGAUGACGAGAAUCAAACUUACACUAACUAUCAAGCUGGAGAGUCUUUGAUAAACCCAUCGCCACAACAUAUCCCACAAGAAACGAAUCACACAGUUACACCGCCUAUUAUCAUCGGGAUACAAGAAAACGGUUAUUACGACGAUGGAGAUCCGGUUUGGAAUUGUAAGUAUUGUCAAGCAUAUAUGUGGUUUGGUGAAAGAAUUGGAAAACGCCGUCGUAGUUCCAAUCCUGUCUUCACAAUGUGUUGUAAAAAUGGUAAAGUUGUGCUUCCUCGGCUCACGAAUCCCCCAAUGGAGUUAAUGUAUUUGUUAUGCAAAGGAGACGAGUUAAGCAAACAUUUUCGAGAGUUCAUACGAGCUUACAAUAUGAUGUUCUCUUUCACAUCUCUUGGGGGCAAGAUUGAUCAUUCUAUUAACAAUGGUCGUGGACCAUUUGUGUUCCGAAUGUCCGGUGAGAACUAUCAUCGUAUUGGUGAUAUAGUCCCCGGGCCUGGAGAAUCUCCAAAAUUUUCCCAGCUGUAUAUCAUUGAUACUUUGAAUGAGAUCAGAAAUAGACUUGACGCUUAUGCCGGGUCAGACAGAGCUGGUGCUAAGAAUUUAAGAGAAUCAGUUGUUCUUCUCCUGAAGAAUAUGUUAGAUCAGUGUAACCCUCAUGUUCAGGCUUUUAGGUCUGCAAGAGACAGAUUCGACGUGGAGGGAUCUACAGGUUAUAGGAUGAGGUUGAUUGAGAGUCGACAAUCUGAUGGACGGACCCAUAAUCUUCCGACUGCAAAUGAAGUAGCUGCUUUGAUAUCUGGCGAUUUUGUUUUGAAUAUGGAACCUCGAGAUAUUGUUCUUGAGAGUACAAGUGGAAAGUUGCAAAUGAUAAGUGAACUACAUCCGGCGUAUUUGCCUCUGCAAUAUCCACUGUUGUUUCCAUAUAGAGAGGAUGGCUUUCGAUUAAAUAUUCCUAUUGGUUUUGAGGAGAGCACUGCGAGAAAACGCAAAAAUGUAACUAUGCGUGAGUAUUUUGCCUUUCAGAUUUUAGAGAGGAGGUGGGAAGCACCAACAAUUACAAGAUCAGGUAGAUUGUUUCAUCAGUUCCUUGUGGACGCCUACACAAUGAUAGAAUCGAGUAGACUGCGGUACUUGUGGUUGAAUCAGAAAAAGCUACGGUCUAGCAGUUACGAUGCAAUCCAGAAAGCAGCUGCUAAAGGUGGAGCUAAGAUGGCUGAGCAAGGGAGCCGGAUUUUUAUUCCAGCAACUUUCACCGGAGGCAAAAGGUAUAUGAAGCAGCACUACUAUGAUGCCAUGGCUAUGUGCAAUGAAGACAGACCAGAAAUAUUGUGUAGAGUUUUCAAGAUAAAACUGGAUAAUCUUAUCAGUGAGUUGACAAAAAAGAACGGCUCCUUAUUUGGCCCUACUGCUGCAGUAAUGUACACGAUUGAGUUUCAGAAAAGAGGAAUGCCACACGCUCAUAUUCUUGUCUUCAUGGAAAAAGGAUCUAAAUUUCCAACAGCCGAUGAUAUAGAUAAGAUUAUUUCUGCGGAAAUACCAGACAAGACCGUAGAUCCAGACCUGUACGAAAUCGUUGGGGAAUGUAUGAUGCAUGGUCCUUGCGGUCCAGCAAAGAAGGAUAAUGUAUGUAUGGUCAACGGAAAAUGUUCUAAGAUGUUUCCGAAACGUCUCAACCCAACAACAACGAUUGACCCAAAUGGAUUUCCAGCGUACAUGCGUCGGAUUGAUGGUAGGUUCAUUGAGAAAAAUGGAAUCAGACUAGACAAUGGAUAUGUUGUACCAUACAACAGAGACCUCAUGCUCCGAUAUCGCGCGCAUAUGAAUGUCGAGUGGUGCGUCCAAACACGAGCUGUUAAGUAUCUUUUCAAAUAUAUUCAUAAGGGACCUGAUUAUGCCUCAGCUGCAAUGGAUAUGGAAGAUGAAGAUGGUGUCAUUGACGAAAUUAAAACAUAUUAUGACUGCAGAUAUAUUACGGCAUGCGAGUCUUCAUGGCGAAUUCUUGCUUUUCCUACACAUUUCCGUACUACUGCUGUAGAGAAACUUGGAUUUCAUCUUCCCGAUCAGGAGCUGGUGUUUUUUGAUGAAGAUGAACCUAUUGAGAGUAUUCUCAACAAAAAGACGGUCAACCAAUCCAUGUUUUUGGCCUGGUUUAUAGCAAACAGAAAAUAUCCAGAGGCAAGAGAGUUGACAUAUGCUGAAUUUCCAACUAAAUUUGUGUGGAAAUCAUCUACGAAAGAAUGGGUACCACGGAAACGAGGCUUUGCGAUAGGGAGGAUUGCGCAUAUUGAUCCAUCAGAUGCUUGCUUUGCGUUGGGAUUGAUGGAUGAUGACAAGGAAUUCAUUGAAGCUAUCAAAGAGGCUACUGACAAUAGUUCUGCCACGUAUGCCAGAAAGCUAUUUGCGAGAAUGUUGGUAUCCAAAACGAUAUCUCAGCCUCAUGUUGUCUGGGAAGCUACUUGGGAGUAUCUCACCGAAGAUAUCCUUUACAAGAAGCGCCGAGAAACUGGACGACCUGAUAUGAACUUGAGCAUAGAGCAGAUAAAAAAUAUUGCUCUUACUGAGAUCGAAAAUCAUUUACUCAGCAAUGGUCGUAGCCUCAAAAAAUGGCCUCUUAUGCCAAAGCCAGAAGAUUUUGCCUGUUACAAUGGAAAUCGCCUUAUAGAUGAUGAGCUUAAUUAUGUUGUGGAAGAUCAGCUAAAAGAAAAUGAAAGGCUUAUGGCGUUGAUAACAAAUGAGCAAAGAGUGGUAUACAACCAGAUUCUAGAUGCAGUUUUAAAUGAUACGGGUGGAGUGUUCUUUCUUUAUGGUUAUGGAGGCACAGGAAAAACUUUCGUAUACAGAGCACUCUCAUCAGCUAUCCGAUCUAGAGAUGCAGACGAUUUCAGUACCUGCAAGAAAAUGGAACCAGGAUCAGAUCGUGCAGAAUUAGUUAAAGCGGCAAAGUUAAUUGUAUGGGAUGAGGCGCCUAUGAUGAGCAGACACUGUUUCGAGACGUUGGAUCGUAGUAUGCGUGAUAUUAUAAGAUCUUCGGAAGACAAACCGUUUGGAGGUAAAGUUGUUGUUUUUGGUGGAGAUUUCAGACAGAUUUUACCGGUUAUCGUCGGAGGUGGUAGAGCAGAGACGGUUUUGGCGGCUCUGAAUUCGUCGUAUCUUUGGGACCACUGCAAAGUUUUGAAGUUAACAAAAAACAUGAGAUUGCUCGCUGGUCUUACUGAUGAUGCAGCAAACGAGCUUCAGUCGUUUUCAAACUGGAUUUUGGAUAUUGGAGAUGGAAAAAUAAAUUUGCCCAACGACGGUCAAGUUGAGAUUGACAUCUCUUCUGAUUUGCUGAUAGAAAAUGAUGGAGGAGAUCCUAUUGAUACUAUGGCAAAAGAGUUGCCAGGUGAAGAGAAGGUUUAUCUUAGCUCGGACAGUAUUAUCCCAUCCGAUGUUGACAUACAAGAAAAUGUAGUAUAUCCUGCAGAGUUUUUGAACAGUGUUAAAGUGGCUGGACUGCCUAGACAUUGUUUGAAGCUCAAGGUGGGUGCUCCUAUUAUGUGUCUCCGUAAUAUUGAUGUUGCAGAUGGCUUAUGUAAUGGUACUAGGCUAAUUGUUACUCAGUUACUGCCCCAUGUGAUUGAAGCUAGAGUUAUAACGGGAAACAAUAUUUCUGGAGACAAGGUUUGGAUCUCUAGAAUGUUUGUCACGCCACCUGACGCAAAGUUUCCCUUCAGAAUGCGUCGAAGACAGUUUCCGGUUACAUUGGCUUUUGCGAUGACCAUCAACAAAAGUCAAGGUCAAACACUGGAAAGAGUUGGUUUGUUCUUACCUAGGCCAGUAUUCUCUCAUGGUCAGCUCUAUGUUGCACUUUCAAGAGUUAAGUCAAGAUCGGGAUUAAAAAUCCUAAUAACUGGUAAAGAUUCAAAGCCGCAGACGAAAACAUUGAAUGUUGUCUACAAACAAGUUUUUCAAAAUAUUCCGUAA